AUGGCAUCUCGCAGCCAGCCAGGCUCCCGCGCGGGUAACUCGAGAUUCGCGCAGUUCAAGCUUGUACUAUUAGGGGAAUCUGCCGUGGGCAAGAGUUCUAUCGUGUUGCGGUUUGUCAAGGACCAAUUCGAUUCAUACCGUGAGAGUACCAUCGGGGCCGCCUUCUUAACACAAACGAUAUCCCUUGACGACAAUACAACGGUCAAGUUCGAGAUAUGGGAUACCGCAGGCCAGGAGCGCUACAAGUCCUUGGCUCCCAUGUACUAUCGAAAUGCGAACUGCGCGGUGGUGGUAUAUGAUAUUACCCAAUCGGCGUCGUUGGACAAAGCAAAGCAGUGGGUCAAAGAGCUCCAGCGGCAGGCAAACGAGAACAUAAUUAUCGCCUUGGCUGGAAACAAGCUUGAUUUAGUUACUGAACAACCCGACAAGCGUGCCAUCCAAACAGCCGAUGCUGAGGCAUAUGCUAAAGAGGCUGGAUUACUUUUCUUCGAAACAUCGGCGAAGACGGCAGAGAACGUGCGCGAAUUGUUCACGUCGAUCGCGAAGAAACUUCCAUUAGAUCAAGCCGGUCCAAGGAAUCCAAGAGCUGGCGUUCGAGGUGGUGUAGAGCUUCGACCUGAAACGCCUGGAACGCAAAGCAAUGGCCCAUGUAAUUGCUAG